AUGGCUAACACAAAUGAAAAAGAUAGCUACAACACCAAACCUCCAGUUUUUGAUGGAGAAAAAAUUGACUAUUGGAAGGAUAGAUUUGAAAGCUUCUUCCUAGGCUACAACGUUGAUCUAUGGGAUAUCGUCAUAAAUGGUUAUGAACCACCAAUUUCUGCUAUCGAAAACACCGAUGUGAGACUCAGACAACUAUCUAAAGAAUCCAGGCUCAGUGACAAUUCUUUUGAAGUAAGGACUCACUGGAACAGAUUUCUCAGAUGGAUAACAUCUGAAGUUUUCAAGCUCAAGGGACUUUCUGAACAAGUCAAAAAUGACUACAUCAGAGGUGCUGAAGAGAGGAUGGAGGCGCGUCUGGCGCAGGAAGCUGAAGAAAGGGCCAGGGAAGAAGCUGAAGAAAGGACCAGGAGAGAAGCUGAAGAGAGAGUUGUUGCUGAAGUUGAUGUUGAAGCUAAAGCAAAAGCUGACGUUGAAGAAGUUGCUCGCAUAGCUACCGAAGAAGCUGCGAAGACAUAUAAGGUUGCUCUGACUCGAGGAGAUUCACCAACAUAUGAUCUAGCUCUUCUGGUUCUCAAGACUCUGCACGAACUUAAAAAAGAACAACAACUGGUGAGAUCCAGACUCGACCAGCAAGAUCAAGUCAACUCCGGCAUCCAGAACCUACUUGCUCAGCUACUUCAGAGAAUGCCUCCUCCAAACCCUUAG